CACGAUUUCGAUGCCAUUAUUGAAGAAAAUCUUUAUUGGAAUACUACCUCACUUAAGAUGGAUAAGUUAACACAGUUACUGACUCUAAAAAAGAACAGAAGUACACAGAAACAGACUGUGACACAAAAAUUUAGAAAACCUGUAGAUAAGAAUGUUAAUUUACUAAGAGAAUUACAAAGGAAAACAGAUGCUGAAAGAGUAAAGCUUAUAGAAGUUAAUGAAGACUUAAAAACUACUGCACACAAAAAGAAAGUAGAAUUAGAAGAGUUAGAAAAUGAGUUGUGUAUUUUAUUACAAGAAAUACAAAUUAAAGAUGAAGAGAAGAAACUGGUGUCUGAAUGUUUAACAUCAUCAAUAUCAGAUAAAGAAUAUAUGAAACAAAAAAUUGAAUCUGUAGAACAACAAUCACAUGGGAAAUUAAGUGAUUUACAGAAAACUGACAGAUUAUUUCAAGAGAGACUUGGUUUAAAGUUUAAAAGUACUACAGAUCAAGAAUUAGAGAUUAUUUUUACCAAUAUUGAUCCCAAAGAUACAUCAUUACAUUAUUGUUUUACUCUUAAAUUUGUGGAAGGUAAAUAUAAAGUUUCUAAUGCCCAGCCAGAAAUAGAAGAUCUGAAUAUUCUGACUCAGAGAUUGAAUAAAACUAACAGUUUUCGUUCGUUUAUAAUAGCAGUGAGAAAAUAUUAUAAACAUGGACAUUCAGAGAAAUCCUGA